UGUCGCGGGAGUAGCCCGUGAUCCGCGGGGGUUCAGUCAUGGCGGAGCACGGGGAGCCCAGCGAGCCCAGGGCCCGGCGGGUCCUGGAGCGCCGCCCGUAGCCGUGUUCCCGUCCCGAGGCGCUGCCGGGGUCCGCACCGGAGGGGCGGGAGGCACCCGCUGCUCCCGGUUCCCGACUUCAGUUUGACUUAACGGCAGCAGUAAUGGUGUCCGUGGCGGGACCGGGACAGGCCCCCCGCGAGCUGCGGCCCUGCCCCAGCUGUGCCCGGUGUCCCGCUGUGACCGACACCGGGCGGGGCCGGUGCUUUCAAGGAGCAAAAGCUGGGACUGCUCCCUUUUCCCUGCCAGGAAGCAGCGAGAUGUUGAUGCCCAAGAAGAACCGAAUCGCCAUCUAUGAGCUGCUGUUCAAGGAGGGGGUGAUGGUGGCCAAGAAGGACGUGCACAUGCCCAAACACCCCGAGCUCGUGGACAAGAAUGUGCCCAACCUGCACGUCAUGAAAGCCAUGCAGUCCCUCAAGUCCCGAGGGUACGUGAAGGAGCAGUUUGCCUGGAGACACUUCUACUGGUACCUGACCAACGAGGGCAUCCAGUACCUGCGGGAUUAUCUCCACCUGCCCCCUGAGAUUGUCCCGGCCACGCUGCGCCGGAGCCGCCCCGAGACCGGCAGGCCCCGGCCCAAAGGUCUGGAGGGCGAGCGCCCAGCGCGGCUCACGCGGGGUGAGGCUGACCGGGACACAUACCGCCGCAGCGCCGUGCCACCUGGUGCUGACAAGAAGGCUGAGGCUGGUGCUGGAGCAGCCACAGAAUUCCAGUUCAGAGGUGGAUUUGGUCGUGGACGUGGUCAGCCCCCACAGUAGAACUUCAUGUUUUGUGUAUAAUAAAAGAGGUGAAAAUGCCA